GAGUCAAAUAAUUUGCUUAAUCCAUUAAUCAUUGAGAAUGAAAAUAUUCAACAAAUUUUUUCUACAAUUAUUGAUUACGAUGAGUUUAAUAUUCUUGUAUAUGAAGAUCCUACAAAUCCAUUAUUGUCGGGGAUAAUGGAUUUUGCGAACCCUUACACAUUAUUAAAAAAAAUAUUUUCUCAUAGAAUAAUUAAUCUUUUAAAUGACAUCGAAGAGUUCAGCUUUAAUAGUAAGGUUAGAAUCUAUCUCGAAUCUUUAAUAUCUGAUGGGAAUGCUGAAAAACCAACUGAUAGUUGGAUCUCUGAUUAUGAUUUACAAAUUUCAAAUAUACAGUAUUUGGCGACAAAAAAAUAUGAGGAUAAACAGCUCAACAUUAAUGAAUCAACAUACAUGGAAGAUAUGUUUACUUCUGUUAUGAAAGAUUUUUGUAUGGAAGAUGCCGAUCUAAUUUCAAUAUGUGGAGAACUUGAGACAACUUGCUCCCACCACCAUAGACAAGGCUUAUAUAAAGAAUCCAAUGAAGAGCAUUCUUUAAUAUUGCCAGAAAUAAAUAUUAAUGCUGAAAAUUCCAUGAAUGCUAAAAAUUUCGAAAGCAUAUUGCCUAAUGUUGAUAAAACAAAACAAGGUCAUAAAAUUGAUACAGGAAUUGGAACACGUUUAAUGAAAGAAAAUCUUGUUUUAUUUUUGACAGUAGAAUCCAAAAAGCCAGGCACAGAUCCUGCUAAUGACAAACAAAAGCAAUUACAAGAACAAUGUGAUCAAAUCAAUAAGAUGUUUUGUUUCUAUGAGGACAAGUUUAGAAAUUUUAUAACAGAAGAAUUACUUAGAUUAAUGCACAAUUUAUUUGUUAUUGGUGCAAGAAUUUUGGAUGAUCAAUUAGAGAUCACUGUUUAUGACAUUCCAGGAAGCUUAAUAGGUUGGUGUCGCUUAUUUAGACAGAAUAUAUUUGUACCAUCUAGAGUACAAUUAAAACAUCAUGUAGUUGAUUAUCUUGAAUCUUUGGUAGGAAUCAAG